AUGUUCGACUCUUUCCACAUACUCAGCACAAUUACCACUCAGCACAAUUGCCACUCAGCACACUUGCCACUCAGCACGAUUGCCACUUACUCUCCAGCCAUGGCAAGCAACGUUAACCAAAGCAGCUGGUCUGCCUCCAACAACCAGGCCCGAUACCUCGAGCGCCCCAUGCAGUACUCCCAGUACCCUCCCCAGGAGCCUUUCCAGCCAAUCAUCGACGGCACCAAUACGCAGAACCAUUCUUUCCACCCGUUGGGUAUGAGCCCGCAGCAUCAUUUCCAUGGCUGUCAUGUCUUUCAAGUGCAGGGCAACAUGACGCUCCCUUCGAUGCCUUCGAUGCCUUCUCUUCUGCCAGCACGCAUGAUCCAGUCCUCCGCUGGAGGCAUGCCUCCUGUAUAUCACUCUCCUGCCGAGGCUGGACCUCGGCGCUUCGAACCUGAAGCCCACGUCACUAGUACUAUUCCGCCCAUCCAGCGCUCCGAUGACGUGCGCCUUCGGAACGGGGAGGCUCUGCAAGUGCAGCCCAAGCCUCAAGCAAAGGACCAGCCUGCUGGUGAUGGGUCACAGCCUGCCCAGCAUGCCUGGGACGAGAAGCCCCGUCAACCUGGACGCGGCAGUAUUACUGGUGGUUCUAUUCACUCUUCUCUUCAACCUGUGAACAGUGCCGGCCUUCGAAUUCUUUCGCCAUGGCAACAGGCCGAAAUUGACGAGUAUCUCAAAGUUGUCGGAUACUAUGGAAACCCGAAAUAUCCUGCCCUUCCAAGCAACAUCAAGCCUCGGGUCAGCAACACGAACCCAGUCUGGAAUAACACUGUCGGCAAUGUUCAGCCAGAGCCAAAGCCCCUGAUUCCAUACAUGACACCGGCUAACAUCAAGUUGUUGCGUCCCUCGCCAAGCCACUCCGUUCGACCCAUAGCCUUGCGACGCGGCAACAAGCAGCCCGCAAACGUAGCAGUUGUCACCGAGAAGGACUAUUGGCUCCCUGACGUUUGUGACAAACCGGUGAAGCGGUGCACCGGCGACGAUGAUAACGAAGAGUGGGCAGCCUUGUUCCGUCGCGCGGGCCCUUCCGCUGACGUGGAUGGCAGUGUGCCUGGAGGAACCAGCAAGUCAAGUGACUUGUUGAUGCAACCCAUCCCCGUAUUGAAUGCGGAACAGAUUCUUGCCCCAAGCGCCGUGCGCGAUGGCGCUGCAAAGGCCAGUGUAUUUGAGCCCAACGCCACGGCUAACCAGCACAUGUCCAUGCCCGAGAAGAAGCGCGAACCUGCCAAUGCGUCUGGCGCCCCUUUCCCUGGGCCCGCUGUGUUCCCAAGUAGAGAGAGCCUAAACCGUCUCUUCGCAGCCCCCAAGACUCCCCCCGGACUCAAGCCAAGCGGCAUGUCGGAUACCCUGCUUCGUCAGUACAUUCUCGGCACCCAGGCCCGCGACGUUGCAGCCACUAAAGAGAUCGCUGCCCUUACUGAGAUUCUCAAGACAACGGAGGUAGCUCUUCGCGCCGCCCAUGUUGAGCAUGCCGCUGCCCUUGCUCAGAAGGAGGCACAUUUUGAUUACUACACGCGCCAGAUCGACGAGACCCUCCUCAACGUCGACGGCCGCAGCGAAGACGCGCUCACGGCGCAGCUGGUUCGGUCGCUUCUCAGUGCCCUCAAAGAGAACGCCCAGCUCGGCGGCCGUGUCCCGGACCCCUUUGCUGCUGACGACGGCGCAAAGACCAGCCGCACCCAGCUCCUCAUCGAGCAGCUCACCAAACAGCUGCGACUCGCCAACCGUGAGCUCAGCGUCUCCAACGACCGGUACGAGCUCCUCCGGCAGCGCUUCGAUGACCAGGCUGCGGAAGUGGAGGAGCGGAUGGCGGAAAUCGAGGAGGUCCAGCAGAGCAAAUUUUCCUGCUUCGUAGAGCGGUCGGCUGAUUUUUUCACGGAGAAGCGCCAGGUCAUCGAGGAGACGCAAAAGCAGCUCAAGGAAGAGCGCCACGCGUUCGAGGAGGUCAUGGCGGCUCUCCAGCGCGAGCGCGGGGCGCACGAGGACGCCCGGCUCCAGACCAACAUGGCCGAGGUCGCGCGUCUCGCUGCUGUCGCGGAAACCGACGAGGUCAAGGCGCGGUGCCUCAAGGCCGAGAAUCUGGCUGCCAUGAUCCGCAAGGACUACGACGACAAGUGCGUCGAGAAGAAGGAGAUCUCCUGGGACCUGCAGACUGCCAAGGAUGAACUGCUCGCCCACCACGAAGAGGCUGGGCGCAUGGUCUGUCAAUUCGAAGGCGAAUUGGCCUCGACGCGGGCGGCGCUGGCCGACGCCCGGAAGGACCUUAGGGUGGCGCACGAAUACAUCCGGAAGCAAAAGGUGGAGGAUGCAGAGCUGCACCGCACCGCUCUGACUGAGCUGACCAAGAAGGAUACUCUCAUCGAAGAGCUAGCUGAAAAGGCGAUCGACUCCGACGACGAGCCUAGCGAUAUGCCGGAAAAGACCAAAGCCCUCCGAAGACAUCUGCGCAAAGUCGACUCUAAGUUGCCGCACACCUGCAUACCUCCAGUUGAGCUUCUCACGUCCUCCUUUGUCAGGGCGAGUUCGUUGAAGGACCGGAGCGCAAGUGAUGCAGAUGCCGAGUGGUCGCCAACCAUUGACCAAGCCAAGCACGUGAGCCCCUCAACUCUUGACCAGGUCAAGCACGUGCGCCCUCUUGUCUCUCUAGUUGACUCGGAGGAAUCGAAGCAAGCGAUUUAA